UGUAGACAGCAUGGUGGAAAGCUCGAGAUGUGUCCAGAAAACAGUGAGCAAUGUAUAAAGUCCCAGUGGCUCAGUUACCGGCAUUCAGACAUCCAGAGCACUGACGAGAGGAUCCACGGGACAGCACAGAAACCUCUUCACCUUCCCUUCUCUUUAUAUUCUCAUCUUUUCACCACAGACAUUAAUUCAAAACAACCAAGAUGUCUGCAGCUAAAGGUGUAGCAAUCGGCAUCGACCUGGGCACCACCUACUCCUGUGUGGGGGUUUUCCAGCAUGGAAAAGUAGAAAUCAUCGCCAACGACCAGGGCAACAGGACCACCCCCAGCUAUGUGGCGUUCACUGACACCGAAAGGCUCAUCGGGGAAGCAGCCAAGAACCAGGCUGCUUUGAACCCCAGCAACACUGUGUUUGAUGCCAAGAGACUGAUUGGAAGAAAGAUAGAUGAUCCAGUGGUGCAGGCGGACAUGAAGCACUGGCCCUUCAAGGUGGUGGGAGAUGGAGGAAAGCCCAAAAUUCAAGUGGAACACAAAGGAGAGAACAAAGCUUUCUACCCUGAGGAGAUUUCCUCCAUGGUUCUGGUGAAGAUGAAGGAGAUUGCUGAGGCCUACCUCGGCCAAAAGGUAACCAAUGCAGUCAUCACAGUCCCAGCAUACUUCAACGACUCCCAGCGCCAGGCAACUAAAGAUGCAGGCGUCAUCGCAGGACUGAAUGUCAUGAGGAUCAUCAAUGAGCCGACAGCAGCCGCCAUCGCGUACGGCCUGGACAAAAGCAAGUCGGGAGAACGUAAUGUCCUGAUCUUUGACCUGGGUGGAGGCACCUUUGACGUGUCCAUCCUGACCAUUGAGGAUGGUAUCUUUGAGGUCAAAGCCACGGCUGGAGACACUCACCUGGGUGGAGAAGACUUUGACAAUCGCAUGGUCAGCCACUUUGUGGAGGAGUUCAAGAGGAAACAGAAGAAAGACAUCAGCCAGAACAAGAGAGCCUUGAGGAGGCUGCGCACAGCUUGUGAGAGGGCCAAGAGAACCCUGUCCUCCAGCUCCCAGGCCAGCAUUGAGAUUGAUUCUCUGUUUGAGGGCAUCGACUUCUACACCUCCAUCACCAGGGCUCGCUUUGAGGAGCUGUGCUCAGACCUGUUUAGGAACACGUUAGAGCCGGUGGAGAAAGCCCUGAGGGACGCCAAAAAGGACAAGGCACAGAUCCAUGACGUGGUCCUGGUUGGAGGCUCCACCAGAAUCCCCAAAAUUCAGAAACUCCUGCAGGAUUUCUUCAACGGCAAGGAGCUGAACAAGAGCAUCAACCCAGACGAGGCAGUGGCAUACGGUGCUGCUGUCCAGGCUGCCAUUCUCACAGGUGAUACCUCCGGCAAUGUCCAGGACCUGCUGCUGCUGGACGUGGCGCCUCUGUCCCUGGGUAUUGAGACAGCUGGAGGAGUCAUGACGUCCCUGAUUAAACGCAACACCACCAUCCCCACAAAACAAACCCAGACCUUCACCACCUACUCUGACAACCAGCCUGGGGUCCUCAUCCAGGUCUAUGAGGGGGAAAGAGCCAUGACCAAGGACAACAACCUGCUGGGCAAGUUUGAGCUAACUGGAAUCCCGCCUGCUCCACGUGGGGUCCCACAGAUCGAGGUCACCUUCGAUGUGGACGCCAAUGGCAUUUUGAACGUGUCUGCAGUGGACAAAAGCACCGGCAAAGUGAACAAAAUCACCAUCACCAACGAUAAGGGUCGACUGAGCAAAGAGGAGAUCGAGCGAAUGGUGCAGGAUGCUGACAAAUACAAAGCUGAGGACGAUGUUCAGAGGGACAGAAUCUCUGCCAAGAACUCCCUGGAGUCCUACGCCUUCAACAUGAAGAGCAGUGUGCAGGACGAGAACCUGAAGGACAAAAUUAGCGAGGAAGACAAGAAGAAGGUGACUGAGAAGUGUGAGGAGACCAUCACCUGGCUGGAGAACAAUCAGUUGGCUGAAAAAGAGGAGUACCAAGACAAGCAGAAAGAGCUGGAGAAAGUGUGUAGCACCAUCAUCAGCAAGUUGUACCAGGGAGGAAUGCCUGCAAGCAGCUGUAGAGAGCAGGCACGAGCCAGCUCCCAGGGGCCCACCAUCGAGGAGGUGGACUAAAAUGGCCCUCAUGUGGACUCUUAUCACUAGGACUGUUUAAAUACAACUGUAAAUGUAUGACUUAUAUUAUUUUUCUUUAUAAUCAUUGUAUUUGUAAAUAAAGUUGUUUAGAUUAUAAACAUUUGUAUUAUAAUUGCCACCCUAAUGUACCUUUCAUCUCUGCCUUGCUGGACAUUGCAAUAAAGAUGAAACAAAAAUCA